AUGUUAUCAAAUAUGCAAGCCAAAUUAACAUGUAUCAUGGAAGAACGUGAUUUGUUGGUGAAUCGAUUAAACGAAUUAACUGUGACCAGUAGUAAUAAUAAUAAUAAUCAUAAUAAUAUUCCAUCACUUUCCAAUACAACAACAACGUCACAACCAUCAACUGUAACCAUAACAGAAGAUCUUUCAUCAUUGUCUAUGACAGCACAGACGUCGACGACAACAACAGCGGCAGCAACAGUAGCUUCCUCGAUAUCACGUCCUAUUAUGGGUUUGAAUCAUCGAUCUGUUCAAAUGAAAUCUAAUGGGAAUAAUAAUUUGUCAUAUUGUUUGCCUACCACCACUCAUCAUCCACCGAUGUCUUCAACUACAACAACCACAACAGAAGUUUUAAUGUCAAAACAACAAACAAAUGCUGAACAGAAUGCUACCGACCAAUUACAUAUUACGAAUUUCUUGGAACAUGACAAUAUUAUCCCAAAUAAAACAACCAACCAGUCGUUAUCCAAUAAUAAUGUUUAUGAUCUACCUGAACCAGAAUGGAUCAGUUGGACAUUGAAACAAUUCGAAACGUAUCAUCAACAAGCGUAUCAACAACAGACACAAUUAAAACAAAACUCAUCAAAUGAAUUAUCCUCUACCGAUAAACCAUCAUGCUGUUUUAAUGAAUCGGCGUUACCAUUGAAUUUUGAACAAUUCCUAUUAUUCGAUCAAUUCAAUGAUGAAGAAACUACAAAUUUCUCACCGAAUGCAUUAAUGGCAUUUUUAUUAAGUUUAGCUCAAUAUACACCAUAUACACGUUUAUCUGAAUUAGCACAAUGUGCCCAAUUAACAUUAUAUCGAUUAUUGACAAGAUUAGCACGUUAUCGUACUGAUUGUUUAGUAUUACAAGCGAAUUUAGCUGAGAUUAAAUCGAAUGCGGAUCAAAUGCAAUGUCAAUUAAGUCAAUUAGAAUCAAAUUGGUUUGUUAUGAAACAUGCAUUACAAUUGUCCGAGUCAGCAUUAGAAAUAAGUGAUUGUUUAAAUCAGUUAUAUUCCACAGAAUUAGCUGUUACAAUAUUUCGUCAAUUACAACCCAAUAAUUCACUAGUAGUAAAACACCCAUUCUCUACAAUUUCCUCAUCCACUUCAUCAUCAUCAGUUCAAGGCGGUAGUCAAAAUAAAUCAUCCCAAUUGAAACAAUCACAACCAGCGAAAAAAUAUCAUCAUUCACCACCACAAUUGCCACCACAACUGCCGUCACACCAACAACACCAGCAACAACAGAUAUCCUUUUCUACAACAUCAUCAUGUCAGUUAUAUUCGUCAAUCGGCGGUGGUUCAUCAGAAGAACAUGAUCCACUCAAUACUACUAAUAAUAAUAUGUCUGGACAGUCACAACCACAACAGAUCUCUUCAAUGAAUUUGAAUACGUUGAAAUUAUUAAGACAACAAAUUGAAUUAAUAGCUUAUACAAUAUUAGAUAAAUAUGAAACAUCUGACGGUGAUUAUGAGAAAAUUCCACUGGUCAUAACAGCAACUAACACAACAACUAACCCAAUCACAACAGUGGCAAACGCAACUGCAACACCGAAUCUACUCAAUAUGAAUUUGAUCAGCCCUUCAUUGAAUAACGACAUGAUGAUGAUGAUGCCGCCUAAUCUAGUCAAUAAUGCCCAUUUAUUAUCUCAACAAAAAAUUCAACAACAAUUACCGCCACAAUCAGCUAUCAGUCCUAGUGGUUAUUCAAUCCAAUCGGUGAUUACAUCAUCAAACGGCUGUUUAUUAGAUAAUAAUCAUACUACUACUACCACUACUACUAGUACUAGUAGUACUACUAAUAAUAAUAUAAGUAAUAUCAAUAGUUUGUAUGCUAAUUCAUGGUAUGUUAGCUUAAAUCGUGACCAAUUCACCACCACUACACAACAAUAUCAGUUAAUCAAUGAAAUUGGUGAUAGACAACAUUUCAGUUUACCGGCAAUCUCGUUGAAUCCUCAUCAAACUCCUCAUCAACAACAACAGUUUACCAAUCCUCAUUUACGUUCAAUUCAAUUGAAAUCAACUACUCUACAAGGGAAUACAAAUCAACAUAGCCAUAUCAUUAUGGAUGGUUAUGGUUGGGAGACACCAGAUUCCGGAGCUGGUAGUAGUAGUAUCAAUGAACUAUCCUCAUCACAUCAACAACCACAGAAUCAUCAAAAUCACAACCACCAACAGCAAAAUCUAUUUUUAUCCAGUUCCACAUCAUCACUUCACUAUGGACAUGAUUAUCAAACUUAUGGUGUCAUCCAUAACAAUAAUAAUAAUAAUCAUACUACUAAUAUGACUAAUAUAAGUAGUAAGUUUACUAGCAACACUCAACCAGAUUUAUUACUACUACUCAAUACAUUGAUUGAUCAACUUCCACCAUUAUGGACAUUAUUUACAAAAACUGCAUCGACUUCAUUUUAUGAAUCGGAUUUAGAAUCGUCGGAUUCUUCAGAAUUACCACCGGGGAAUUUCAUGAAAACAACACCAACGACUAAUGUACCGCCUAUGCAUCGUUCUCCUCAUCAUCAACAUCAGCAUGCAUUUUAUAAAAUCGGUAAUCAUCAUCAGCAUCAUCAUCAUAGUGGUUUAUUGCCUCAACUACCACCGACAACAACACCACAUCAACACCAACACCAACACCCCUGUCUACAAUUAUCCAAUCAUUAUUGGUCUAGAUUGGAAGAACGUAAACUUCGCACUGUCUAUUAUCAAUGCAUUCAAGCUUACAAACGUUUACAAAUUAUGUUAAAGGAUUAUUCACCUCAAACAACAAUUGAUAAUCAUGAGAUUAAUGGAAUGAAUCAGACAGUAAAUAUGGAAAGUGAUAUUAUUCUGGGGAAAAAUACGAAUUCGGAACAAAUCAAGACAGUACAACACCAACUACAACAACAGGAGGAGGAUUUAAGCGAGAAAAAAACUUCUUUUGCAGUCAAUUCAUUGCAACAUCAAUUACCAUUGGCUGUAUUUUUAGAAAGUUCAAUUUUAUUACAAGAAUUAUGUUGUGUUAAAGAAGAAUGUGCUGAUUUAAAAAUUCGUGUUUAUUUACUUGAAAAAGAAUUACAUGCCAACCAGUUAACAUUAGAUAGUCGUAAAGCAGCUGAACAUGCAUUACGUGCUCAUUUGAAUGUGCUGAUUAUGGAGAAACACCAACAACAGCAGCAUCAUCAUGAAUGUUUUCAUUCAAUGAAUGAUUGCAAUAAAGACAAUUCUGUGUCAGUACAACCGACUACCACAACGCCGGCAGCAGCAAGCGCAACUUCUACAACUGCCACAACCACUACAACAACAACAACUGUUCAAUCUAUACAUGGUUUAAAUCAACAUGAAACUAUUCUAUUAAGAGGACAAGUUAAGAAUCUUUUACAAGCUUUAGAAGCAUUACGUAGUAGUACAGAAAUACAACAAUUACAAAGUGAAACAUUAGUCAAUGAUUUAAAACGUGCCAAUAGUGCAUUGAUUAAGGCGUUUGAUAAAAUUAAACAAAAAUAUACAACACGUAUUAAAAAAUUAGAAAAUCAAUUGAAUUCUAUUCAAUCUUCUACUACAACAACAACAACACCUACUACUACUACUACUGAUAACAAUCAUUUUAGUAGUAUAGUUAAAGGAUGUAAAAUACAGCAACAGCAACAUCAUCAUCACAUAAAUGAUUUGAAUAAUUUAAGUAGUCAUACGCAGCUGCAUACUGUUUUACCAAUGAAAAGUGGUUUUCAACAAGGUGCGGUCGUUACAACUACAACAUUGGCACAUUCAACGACUGAUUCCAUUCGUGACUUACCACCAACUACUCGUAUCCCUCCGAAUAUUCCACUGCAUCAUCCACCUCCCCCUCAUCCUCAUUCUCAUCAUCAGCACAAUCCACUAACACGACCACCACAACAACCACAACAGCAACCGAUGAGACCGAAUACUCCGAAACUAGGCACAACACCACCGACACAUCAACAUCCUCCUCCUGUUUCAUCAUCACAGUCAUUGUCCAGUAGGAAAUAG